AUGACCGGGUAUCUAUACACCUCCCCUGAGCGUCGGAGCGGUUUGCAACCCAAUGGUUUCCCGGUCCCUGGCCCUGGCCCUCUCUCGCCCCCGUCAGAAGGUGCCUCGCCCCAACUGCCUGCCGUCGCUUCUGCAUGGGCCAAAUUGAACGCUCGCGACACUCACGCUUUCGCUUCGACCAUGUCGAGCCCCCACUCGCUAUCGCCCGCGGGGCACCCGCUCGAGCUCACCACUGCAGACCCGUAUCUCGCGGCCGCGCCCUCCGAUCCUGAAGAGACCGAGUUCCAGGCGAAUGCUAUUCGUCUGACGCCUGUAAAUGGCAGCCCGGGGCAGAGUGUGUCGUCCCUGCAUGAUGGAUCUGCGUCUGUCACGGGCCACUCCCAUGGCCCGGAGUAUUUGUCGCCGCAGGGAAAUCAAUAUAUCGACCCCGCGGCGUGCACGUCGCCGAUGAAUAAUGCCGGAUUUGUCAUGCCUCAGGACAUGGAUCUGGCGAAUGGCGUUGGUUCGUGGUCGAAUGAGGCUCCCACCGUGUCGACCCAGCAAGCAUGGCCCACGACGAUGGCCAUGGACACCUCGCAGUAUCUGAACCCAGAACCCACCAUCCCGAGUCCGGCCUCCCCGGCGCAGAAUAAUCACCUCCCCAUGAUGCCUGGCUCGUUUGUCAGGCCGCCGCAGCCUGGCCUUGGUCUCGGUAUCUCCAAUCAGACACACCCCCCGCCCCGACUAUCGGUCUCGGCAGAGCAUGUUAAACACGAUACCACGUCGCCUAUCACGAGAGGUAGGAGCCCGACCGUCACGGUCGAGUAUUUCGGGCGUGGCGAUUCUCCGAAAGGGGAGGGACUUGUAUAUGAGAGACGCGCCAGCUACUCGUCCAACCAUCUAUCAGUGAACGACGGCCAGGACGAGGAAUAUGAAGACGACCACCGAUCAGUCGUGUCAUCCCAAUCUGUCGGACGGAAGUUUGACUCGAACUGGACUGGUCAAGGCGGUCUUGACCCGCUGUCCCGAGGCAGCGAAUUUGUUCCCAGCCCCAAUGACCUCAAGUGCGAACGAGAGCGCGAACAAAAAAUUGACGACAUCAAUCGCUGGUCGGAACAUGUCAGUGAGGCGGGCAGCGAUGUGGGCGAUGACCCGGAUCGUCUGUCACGCCGACAACAACCAAAUGGCCGAGUGCGGGCGAGGAGUACAGGAGAUCGUCCACUCCAGCAAGAAGACUAUUUCAGCCUGGGGCUCGGUGCUGCUGAUCAUGCAGUGCCCGGGCCCCGUCUCAUGGUCCAUGAGACGAGUGACGAUGAGUAUAGUGAGACGUCCGAAAGCACUGCUGAUGUAAACGACCCCGACCGGUAUAAUCAAACUAUCCCUGAAAUGCCGUAUACGUCGAGUCCCGACGAGGACGGCGUCCACAUUCAUCCCUGGCAGGAUGCACCGCGCGAUCCGAUCAGAACAGAACAGAUGCAGCCAGGGACUUCCUCGGCCGCCAUGACGAUUUUUGAACGUCGUGCCAAGGAUCUAGAGACAGCAUCGUUGGCUGCGACCAUUGGCGAUAGUAUUUUCGGCUUUGAAAGAAUGAGUCUAUAUGAUGAACCGAGGAAGACUGAAAAGAGACCACGAAGUAAUAGCAUCUUCAAGCGUGCCCACCAACAGGCCUCGAAUAUGUUGAAACGACAAGCUUCGGAUCUUUCGCUGGCCACGACCAACUCGCACAAUGGGCCUCAGGAAGGAACACAACGCAAAGACAGCGGCGGCUCUGGUCGACAUCGACUGAGUCUGACUGCGAAUCGACAUUUCCGAUCUCCAAGCCUCAGCAAUGCGCUACUGUCCAUGUCGGGCCAGCUGGCCGCUGUUGGUGGUAGUCAUUCCGUGCAGGCUGUAUCCCCGACUCCCGAGCCCAGUCCCGGCAGAAAUAGUCUGAACCAGGGCAGGAACAGCCUCAAUGGAGGCAGAAAUAGUCUUCAGAUCCAGGCCAAGCGUGGUCGGAGCAGGAGUGAAGUUCCCCGGCCUCAUACACCUGGGUUAAUGGACUUGAUGACUACCCACGGCGGGCCCCCGGUGGCUAGUAUCACUCGGUAUCAGAAUCAAGAACCCAGCACGGGGCGAUCGCCGGCCAGUGCUGUACCCGAGCCUGACUCGGUUGGUGCGGACGAUGGUGAAGAUGUGGAUGUCGACGACAAGGGCAUUGUGAUGCAAUUCCCGCCAGUGACGAGUCUCCCCGUGCCUACAUACGAAGGAUUCAAGACGCAGAUCAUGCAGUUGAACCCGCGAUUGGAGCCUGCUCUACUCCAUCGCUUCGCACUGUCGCAGGUCCAGCGGUUCAAGACACUUGUUGAGUUGCAGCAGAAACAUGCUACUGCCGUUGCCAAUCGCACCUGCAAGUCAGGUCAGUUCUGCACCGCGCUCGGUGGCAAGCCGGCCCUCUUGUAUCAGCAGAAAACUCCCGCCAAUUCCGAGGCUGGUCAGACUCAGUUCCGCGUUACAGACUACAGCCAAGGCGGCGACCAAACGUACGUUGUCGGCGAUGGAGCUAUCGCUGCAGCCCAAUUCCCUCCUGGCGUCCCGCUCCCACCUGUCAGCGGACUACCCGCCCAAUUCGAGUGUCCCAUCUGUUUCCAAGUCAAGAAAUUCCAAAAGCCAUCCGAUUGGACCAAGCAUGUUCACGAGGACAUACAGCCGUUUACCUGCAGCUUCCCAGAAUGCACCGAUCCCAAAUCAUUCAAGCGCAAAGCAGACUGGGUCCGGCACGAAAGCGAGCGACAUCGUCAACUGGAAUGGUGGACCUGUUCUUUCCCCGACUGUCCGCACACCUGCUUCCGCCGACACAAUUUCGUCCAGCACCUGGUUCGCGAACAUAAGAUGAUCGAACCCAAGGGGAAGAAGCCCAAGGGGUCGGCGGAAAGCGCGCAGGAUCAGGAGUUCUGGAGGUUGGUGGAGCACUGCUAUGGCUGCAAGCCGGAUGAGACACCAAGCAAGGAGCCCUGUCGUUUCUGCGGGAAUGUCUGUAACUCCUGGAAGAGGCUAACGGUCCAUCUGGGGAAACAUAUGGAGCAACUCGCCAUGCCCGUCCUGGAACUGGCGAAACAGCACACGGCCGGAAUCCCUGUCGGCCCCGUAGCCUCGAAUCCGUCCCAGACUCAGACGCAGACUCCUGGGUCUCAGUCUCGUCACUCUGCCCUACUAGACGCUGCACCUGCGCCAGCCCACGACCCGUCGGCUCACCUUCGGCAACAGCAGCAGCAGCAGCAGUAUGCAACCAGCGACGCCAUCCCCGCCGCUAGCCACAGCCACGCAUUCCUUCACCCAGAAAUGUCAAUGCUUGGUUAUCAGUCGAUCCUAGGCACGCAACCAUCGAUGGAACCUGACGAGAUCGACCACGACCUCGACCUCGACCUCGGCCUCCGAGGCGAUCAGAUCUUCCCCAACUACGAUUUGGCUUCGGCUUCGGCUUCGUAUCAGGGCGCUCCCCCACAGCAAACCACUCUAUCCCAGUCCCAGUCCCAACCCCUGCAUCAGAACCCCUCGACCUACCCAGGCUCCUGUAACGCCGUCCCACGCUCCCGAACCCCCGAACAAAAUCCAGCCCUCCUCCAGAACUCUUAUUCGCUGAGCCCGCAGUACCCGCCACAUGCUCAGGCGCAGCCGCAACAGCAGCACCCUCACCAUCCAUCCCUCUACCUCGAACAGGGCUACACAUACCAGCCCGUGGCGCAGUCGCAGAAUGGCUCGUACACCUCAGCGUAUACGUCAAGCUAUAGCUCACGGAUGUGA